AUGGCAGGUAAAGAUCAAAUUUUAUCAAUGGAUAUUUGUCAGAUUAAUAAUACAGGAAAUCUUACUUAUAACGGAAAUAAUGCUGAAAAAAAUAUAUUUUCUCCUGAUGCAAUAUCAUAUCAAUCGAAAUUUUUUCGAUCAAAACGAAAACAACGUGUGAGUGAAAAUCAAAUCAAUUUAAACGAACCAAUUUCAUUAUCAAUUGAAAAAUUUAAAGUAAGAUCUACAUCAUCACCACCACCACCAUCUGCAUUGACUGAUGAAUCUGAUGAUAAUGAUGAAUGUAAUUCUUCUACACAAUCGUCAAAACCAAUUUUACCUAAUAAUUUUUCCGGUUAUCAACGAAGAAAAUCUCAAUCAGUUAAAUUGCUACCUAUCAAUAUAACUAAUUCAUGUCCAAAAAAAGCCGUUCGUUUUGCAGAUGAUUUUGGUUUAGUUUUAAAUCAAAUAAAAAUGAUUACCUCCGAUGAAUUGCCAUCUAUACCAAGUACAGCAUUUAAAGAUUUACAAAUCAGUUAUCAUGAAGAUUUAUAUACAUUAUCCAAUCAUAAACAAAUGAAAACUAUCAAUUAUAUGGAAUCACAAUUUGAAAAUCCUAUGCAUACAUAUGGUUUUAAUGAUCGUGUUACACGACAAAAAAUUCUUCUCGAACAAGCAAAUGCAAUUGAUAAUCGAAUAUAUGGUACAGUUAAAUUAUAUUCAAUUGGCUUACAUAAACAAGUUAAAAUACGUUUAACAACUGACAAUUGGAUAUCAUCAAGAGAUUCUUAUGCAACUUAUAUACCGAAUUCUCAUGAUGGGACUUACGAUCGGUUUUCCUUUAUAUUAGAAAUUAAUCGUCAAAGAAUAUGUGCGGGAAAUAAUAUCCAAUUUUGUAUUUGUUAUGAGUCUUUCAAUGGUUUAGAAUAUUGGGAUAAUAAUAAUGCAGAAAACUAUCGAUUUAGCUGUUUAUCAAGAACGAUACCUGAUUAUAGUAUUUAG